UACUGAAUCACUUGAGCUGGAAACGAAACCAGACUUGUGACAGCCCGCCUUUCUCCACACGAUCACAGAGACAUGGCAGGGCCUCGUAUCCCUGUGAGGAUGAACGACCUCUGCUGUCGGAUCUGCAGCCAGGUUCUCAGGAAUCCUGUGACCAUUCCCUGCGGGCACAACUUCUGCAUGCAGUGCAUCCAGGACCGCUUCAAUCACGACAAGAGGAACAGCUGUCCCUGCAGCUGUCCUGAGUGCGGUCAUAUGUUUCUCACCAGACCCCAGCUGAUAAAGAACACAACUCUCGCUGACUUGGUGAGGGACACGGAGAGUCGUGAUGCCAGCAGAGAUAAGAGGAACAUGGAGCAUUCAGGAGCGUCCACGCAGGCCCUGAAAAGACCCAGGGGUUGUUCAGAAACAGGAACUGGAAGCGCUUUGUGUUGGAGGCACAGCAGCUCCCUGGAUGUUUACUGCUGCACUGAUAAACAGAUUAUAUGUGCACUGUGUGCUUCAGCUGAGCACAGGGGACACGUCAUUGGGUCGGUGAGGGGGGAAAGAUGGAGGAAAGAGGAGGAGCUGAAGAACAUACAGAAGAAAUACAAGCAGAUUCUCCAGCAACAAGAAAAGAAAGGGAAGAACAUGGGGAAGGCUCUCGAACAGAUCCAGAAAGAGGUGAGAAAAACACAGGACUACUGUGAGAGUGUCUUUGCUGGCAUCAUCGACUCCCUCCAGAGACAUUACCAGUCAGUGAGGGAGCUGAUCGAAGCUCAGGCGGAGGCGGCAGCAGCUCAGAUUCAGCUCUCCCUGCAGACCCUGCAGGUGAAGAUGGAGGAGAUGAGGAAGAGGAGUGCUGAGCUGGAGCAUCUGGCACAGACUGACAGCGAUGUAGAUUUCUUGAAGAGAUGGCCCUCUCUGCGGAGCCUCUGUGAAAAAGAGCAUCUCCAUCCUUUCCACGAGGUCUCAGAGGAUCCACUCCUCCCCUUUGACUCCACAAAGAGAGCUGUUGAACAGCUCGGGAGGCAACUGGAGGAAUUUUGUGACAAAGGAUUUGCCUCAUUCUCUCAAACUGCUGAAAGUGGAGGGCUGUGGCAAUCAGGAGGAGAGACAGAGGAGGAUGACACACAGCAGAGAUGUGAAACCAGUCCCUCAAAGUCCCAUGGUCUCGCUGAAGUUAACAACACGGUGAUUGAACCAAAUGUGGAGCCUAAAACCAGAGCAGAGUUCCUGCAGUACGCAUGUGUCCUCAGCCUGGAUCCUGCCACAGCUCACGACGACCUGGCAAUUUCUGCAGGAGACAAAGAGGUGAGGCUGAGCACUCAAAAGUGUAAGAGCCCAGCUGGUCGUUACCCGGACAGGUUUGUCCACCGACGGCAGGUGCUGUGCAGGGAGGGACUGCAGGCCGAGCGCUGCUACUAUGAGAUAGAGGUGGAAGGAAGCAAGGCUGAGAUCGCCCUCGCCUACAAAGGAAUAGACAGAAAAUCCCGCACUCCAGUGUCAGCUUUUGGGGCCAAUGCUCAGUCCUGGAGUCUUGAUCGUUCCACACACUACUCUGUGAGCCACAGAGCUGACAGCAUCCAGCUCACAACACCCCCUACUCAUGACAGGAUCGGUGUUUAUCUGAAGUUCAAAGAGGGAACUCUGUCAUUCUACGAGGUGUCAGACAGUAUGAAGUUUCUUUACAAGGCUGAAGCUGAAUUCACAGAGCCGCUGUACCCAGGGUUCUGGCUCGAAGAGAAAUGUUGCAUUCGGAUCUGUGAUUUGAGAUUAUACUGACUGUAAACCACCUGAGAAGUUCAUAGACAGUAGUGGGAAAUUAGCAUUAGGAUUAUUGAGGUAUUUAUCACAUAGGACCAUUAAUGAAUUUCCUCAUUUUCCUCAUUUUUUUUUUGUUUUCUCAAGCUUUGUUGUGUUCUACAUGUGGGGUUGCCCAAUAGAAAGUAUCAUUAAAAUAGUCUGCAGUAGAUCUCUUUGACCCCUCCGGAGCCCCAAACUAUAUGAAAUGGGACAAAAUGAUAUAACAGUGUAUACUAGACUGCUUUGGGUGCAAGAACAUAUAUGUGGAUGAAAGUGGAACAUUUGAACAACAUACCCAUCUGUAUGCAAAAUCUCAUUAUGCUUUUUUUAAUUGUAAAACAGCUGUGAACUUAAGCUGUAUCUCAGUUUUACCUCAAGGACCUCUGCAGGUGGACCACAUUUUGGGAACAGCAGUCUUACAGCUCAUUACUCAAAGAACCAGCUUGUUCUCAAUAAAUCAAAGUUAAACGUGUUAUUAUUUUUGUGUUAUAGUCUGCCUGCUGUUUUUAUGUUUUCUAUUAUAACUUCUGUAUGUUCAAACCUCAGUAAAACUAUUAAACACA